AUGGCUACCACCACCCAGCUACCCGUGGCUGACACCGAAAGGUACGACUAUGUCAUCGUAGGUGGAGGAACUGCCGGGUGUGUCAUAGCCGCUCGUCUGGCUGAAUACUUGCCUCACAAAAGAAUUCUCCUCAUCGAGGCUGGCCCAAGUGAUUAUAUGGAUGAUCGUGUCCUAGAUUUGAGACAAUGGUUGAGCUUACUUGGUGGAGAAUUGGACUACGACUAUGGCACAAUCGAACAACCAGAGGGCAACUCUUACAUUCGUCACUCGCGUGCCAAGGUCCUGGGCGGCUGCUCAUCACACAACACUCUCAUCUCCUUCAGACCUUUUGAGUAUGACAUGAAGAUCUGGCAGUCACUGGGCGCCAAGGGCUGGACUUUCGAUGCCAUGGUGAAAGCCUUGAACAAGCUGCGAAACACAGUCCAGCCCGUGCACGAGAGACACCGAAACCAACUUUGCUUGGAUUGGGUGGACGCUUGCAGCAAGGCACACAACAUUCCAGUUCUUCACGAUUUUAACAAGCAGAUUACCGAGACCGGCUCAUUGAAGCAAGGUGUUGGUUUCUUCUCUGUCAGCUAUAACCCCGACGAUGGUCGCCGAUCUAGUGCAUCGGUUGCAUAUAUUCACCCUAUCUUGAGAGGCGAGGAGCAGCGCCCUAACUUGACCGUGCUGACCAACGCAUGGGUAUCGAAGCUUAACGUUAAAGAUGGUGUCGUCAGUGGUGUUGAUCUGAAACUGCAAGAUGGCUCACCAAGAACUAUCACGGCUAAGAAGGAGACUGUUCUAUGCGCUGGUGCUGUCGACACUCCUAGAUUGUUGCUGCUUUCCGGAAUUGGUCCCAAGGAGCAGCUAUCGUCCCUUGGCAUCCCGGUUGUGCACGACCUUCCUGGUGUUGGCGAGAACCUCCAGGACCACCCUGAGAGCAUCAUUAUGUGGGAGCUGAAGAAGCCAGUCCCCGAGAACCAGACUACAAUGGACUCAGAUGCCGGUAUUUUUCUGCGACGAGAGGCUCCUAAUGCUGGGGCUAAGAAGUCCACCGCCAACCCCGAUGGCAUUCCUGAUGGUGACAUCGCUGAUGUUAUGAUGCACUGCUACCAAAUACCUUUCACACUGAAUACUCUGCGAUUGGGAUACCCGGAGAUCAAGCACGGCUACGCUUUCUGUAUGACACCCAACAUUCCUCGCCCGCGAUCCCGUGGCCGCCUGUACUUGACAUCGGCGGACCCCAACGAGAAGCCUGCUCUUGACUUCCGUUACUUCACCGACCCUGAGGGUUAUGAUGCCGCGACCCUUGUCUACGGUAUGAAGGCCGCCCGUAAGGUUGCCGCUGAGGCUCCUUUCAAGGACUGGAUCAAGGAGGAGAUCUCCCCUGGACCGAAGCUGCAGACUGACGAGGAGUUGAGCUUGUAUGCCAGAAAGGCUGCUCACACCGUCUAUCACCCUUGCGGUACAACCAGAAUGGGUGAUGUCGCCACGGAUAAGUUGGCCGUCGUCGAUGAGAACUUGAAUGUUGCUGGUCUCAAGAAACUGAGAAUUGCUGAUGCUGGUGUUUUCCCCACCAUCCCUACAAUCAACCCCAUGCUUACUGUCCUGGCUGUUGGCGAGAGGUGUGCUGAGAUGAUCGCUGCAGAGGCUGGAGCGAACGCCAGGUUGUAA